CGUGUGCGUCUGGCUGAGUGUGGAGUGGACGCUCGCCUCAUGGGUUUGAGCAAGAGGGGCGUGAAUUGGGUUUGAGUUGCUUGUUUGUUCUCAGUAGCCAGCCGACGGCUGAUUGUCGUUAUAUUGUUAUCAGCACUUUGGCAUUGUUACAACUGCCGCGUCUCGUCGCUGCCACCACUGUGAAGCGACAUCAUCUCGGAUUAACAGCAGCGUGAGCACUGGGUGGCACCGCCACAGCCGCCGCCAUGUUCCAAAGCAAACAGGCCACGCCCGAAGCCUUGCAGGCCAAGGUCUUGGACACAAAGCGCGUGCCGCUCAAGCGCCUCAAAUCUCUCAAGGAGCUCGUCGACCACGCUGGCAUCACACCAAAUGGGUUGGACGACUUUGUACGAGAGAACAGCUUGGCCAUCUACUGGGCCAUCCAGCAGGCCUAUGAGAAACUCAAGCAGGACCUGCUGGCCAAGAGCGCACGAUCAAAGGCAGCACCAGACUCACUCCGCUCACAGCUCUUCGACUAUGUUCUCCCGUCCCUCUCUAUCAUGUUUGAGGCGAUACCUGACCAAUUCUACCGUAAGUGGCAGUUCCGCAGCAUCUCCAUCGUGCUUCCAGACCUCCUCGCCGAAGGAAACCAGCUCAGUCUGCGCAAGGAAGGCAUUCGCCUCUGCGUUCACUGGAUUUCUCUUCUCAGAGAGAACUUAACGACGACAGCGCUUGACAUUUUCUCCAGCGUCUACGCCGCCCCAAGCGAGCAAAACUCGCGUUCAGGCCUCCUCCUGCCUGAACUCGGCAGCGCGCAGGCGAUGGUGGCCGCCCCAGAGCACCUCCAGUACCAGCUGCUUGAGUUGCACCACCACCCGCUCGCUGAACUCAUCGACUUCAUGCUCGGCUGCAUCACCAGCCUAACACGUGUCGUGCACACAAACGGAACGCAGAAGACAUACGACACCACGUCGUUCCUGUUUGUGUUCCGGCUGUGGCUGCACCAGUACUUCUGCCGCCUAUGCCCUGCUGCUGCCAUUCGCGCUGGCCUGUCCCCGCUUCAGCCAACCGUGCUCGAGCGCAGCAACAGCCCAUCGCCGCGGUCCGCCCGCGCAGCAGCGCCCUCGGCAGCGCGAGCACCACAGACCACACAAUCCACGCAGUCCACACAAUCCACACAGUCCACACACGGUGCACAUGCACAGCAGGCUGGCAGCGGCAGCAGCGGCAACAGCAGCAACAGCAGCAGCAGGAACGACACGAUCAGCAGCAGGAGCGCGACGUCCACGGUUGUGGGUGCGUCCCCACCGCUCCAGAGGCGGUCGGUUGAGGCGCUCCAGGCCCCGGAGGUCACGUGCUCCAUGCGCGUACACGAGGUGAUCACACGCUGGUUUGUGCACUGGUUCACGUCGCCGGACCCAAGGUGCGAGGCCAUCCGCAAGUCCAUCCAGAACGACACCACCAUCAUGAAAGUGGCGGACGAGGUGUUCAAGCUUACCCUUGCGGCUGCGCAGCCAACGGCGCCCGUCACCACGGCAGCGACCGGAAAGGCGGCCCAGCGACGCCAGGCCAAGCUGGGGUCGUCAUCCCCGUCAUCGCGACGCGGCGCAACCGGGCCCUCCAUCCCGCGGCUUGCUGAGCAGAGCCUGUUUGACCGCACGUCUCUGCAGGACGACUCGCAGCUGCCGCACCAGGUGCUCGCUGUCUACCGCCGCUGGCUCGGACGUCCACCGGCAUCACAGGCCUUCUUUCCCUCGUCUGCGCUAUCACCUGGCGGCGGCGGCGGUGGUGGUGGUGGUUACUCGCGGCGCGUGUCGACUGUUGGUGUUGGCGUCACUGUUGCACAGCACAGGUCCUCCUCCAGCGUUGGUGCCGGGACAGCGGCCACGUCGGGCUCAUCGUCGUCGUCGCUGUCGUCUGUGACCGGUGCGGUAGUCCCAGGUGGUGGGUCGGCGUCCAAUGUGCACAGCACCGCGGGCACCGCGUCUGCUCGUCACCAACAUCGACAGUCAUCACGACAGCAGCAACAACAGCAGCAACAACAACAUCUGCAACAGCCUCCGCAGCAGCGUGUGUUGUCAUCGUCGUCGUUUGUGCCACAGGGUGCACCGAUCCCCGAGGAGCCCGAGGCAGAGCCGCCUCUCAUCAAGGCACCGGCUAGUGCCGAUAGCACUGCAGACAACAAACCCAGCACUGAGGAUGACGAUGGCGACCUUGAUUCAACACGUGCACAGCUUGGCAGCAGCACAUCUGCUGCAGCGAGCGAGAGCACAAGCGCAAGUGCAAGCACAACAUCGAGUGCACGCGUGCAUGUGUCCAUGAGUCCGACAGCAGCGCGCAAGAACAUCCCACAGCCGCAGUCUGGUGGAAGGGGGAGCCCAAUUACGACCGCUGUUGAACUGCAGACAACACUGCAGCCGCAACUGUCGAAGCUGUUGACCCAGAGCGUGCAUUGCAUUGACUCAAAGGUCAAGGAUGUGAUGCAGCUGAAUUCUGUCACAGACCUUCGUCGCAUCAUUGCUUCCAUCUACACCAACGUUGCGCAGGUGUUCCGGCAACCGACAGCACCGCUGUUUGACACGCAGGCGCGGCGCAGCUUUGUUCUGCUCUGUCAGACGGCGCUCACCAUAUUCCGGCGCAUUUGCCUCUGCCACGUGCAGAGCCUGACUCCAAUCAUGUGUGCCGAUGUGCUCGAGAUCUUGCGGGAGACGCCUGGCCGCCUGCUGAAGAACGUGACCCCUUCCUCCCCCAUUGGCCGCGCCCUUCCCGGCCCAAUCUUCGAGACAGUGCUGGUUGCACACGUGCGAGUUGCCGCAGAGUACCCCGAGUGGAUGGACGACCAGUGGCCCAACCUUGCUGCCUGCUUGCACCCGUUCACAUCCUGGGCUGAGCUUGGCCGCAGCUGGGCAGCGUGCACGCUCUGUGUGACGCGCUGCAUCCAGCAAGGGAUGGUGGAUGCAGCCAUGGCGCUUGAAGAGCACGACAAAGCUGCCGCCACGACCGUGUCAUCCUCGCGGUCAUCCCCUGCUUCCACGUCGGCAUUUCCCGGGGCAACGGAGGGCAGCGCGCCGCGGCGAAGGCGGCGCACGGGCACGGGCGACUCCGUGUUUCGUGGUGAGAGCCAAGGCGGCGGUGGUAACGAUGGCCGCGACAAUGGCGACGUUGGUGAUGUUGGUGGUGGUGGUGAUGGUGGUGGCGAUGGGGAAAAUAAGCGUGGACAAGAGAAGCGAGAACAUGACACGCGCAGGGCUGACGAUGAUGGCGAGCAGCACACAACAACGGAGAGGUUAACCCCGCCUUUGGAGGCUGCGGCGCAAGACAACAGCAGUGACGCCAAAGGUAUGGACGGGACUGGAACGGGCACGUCUUCUUCCCCACCCCCUCCAAAACAACAACAACAACAACAACAACAACAACAACAACAACAACAACAACAACAACAACAACAACAACAACAACAACAACAAGAGUCAUCUUCUGUGAGUACGCCGGUGUCGCGGCAGUCGAGCCAUAACGCCAGCCCACCCGACCACCAUGCCACCGCCACCGCAGCUACAACUACAAGUGAGCGUCGCCCCCGCUUUGGGUCAAACUCGAGUGCCACCGGCCCGCAUCCACGCCGCGGCCACCCCCGUCUCUCCCUGCGCUCCACCACCUCUGCGUCGGGCCGCAGCGCCGGUUACGGCGACAGCAGUGGCCCACACCAUCACCACCACCAACAGCAUCACCAACAGCAGCACGCCGCGCCACCGUCGCCUUUUCGCAGCCCAGGUGGACCGCUCUCUGGCUCGCCUGGCGGUUCCCAGCGCGCAUCGGGGGCGGCCAUCCCUGGGCGGUUGUGCAGGGGCGCAAGUCACCUCUCGCUCAGCUCAGCAGCGCCAGACGGGAAUGAGCAGCGGUUCUCUGACCUGGUGCAGCCGCUCUGCUCGCUCGACGCCAACACGCAGCUGCGCAUUUGGCGGCACCUUGCGCUGUUCUUUGGCGAUUUCAACGCCAUUGAUAUUCCCCGCACGCACUGCCUGAUUGUGCGCACGUACGGCAGCGUGUUCAAGCUGCUGCACGCAGGCUUCCUCCAUGCCGAUGACGGCUACCUCGGCGAUUGGGUGCCGCCAUUCAUGCCGUGGCUGUUUGAGGCCAUGGUGCUGAGCCCACGCUUUGCCGAGAGCAAGUAUCGCUGCAAUCAGCUGGUGUGCGAGGUGCUGGUGGCCACGGUGGCUGCUCGCCCGGCCCCGCCCAAGGACGUGCUGCACGCCUUUCUCUCCCACCUUGCCCGCGUGCUGCUGCAUGCCGACACGGCCAUGGUGUACACGGCGCUGCGCACGUGCUGGGCCCUCGUCGGUCUCAACCUCCCAGGCGCCACGCUGCUCUACCCGCGGCUCGUCGAUGUGUGCACGCUGUGCCUCAACUCACUCCCCGUUGGCUUCCACCAGCAACUGCAGCAUCCUGCGACCGCGGGCGUUGGUGCCGAUGCGGUGCGCGGUGUCAGGUGGUCACGGACACAAGGGCCUGCGUCCGCCACCAGCAGCCUUCGCCAAGGCCUGACGGCGCCAAGCCGUGCGCUCUCCCCUAGCCCUGCUCACGCUGCUGCCCAUGCAUCAUCUUCCACGCGCUCCUCGCACACAUCAACGCCACAGCCGCCGUCGUCCUCGUCAUCGGGACGUUCCCCUAAACAACCGCGCCGCUCAAAGAUCUCCAUCUUCCCAGACUCGCCAAAGCAGCAGCGACACCAGCCCGCUUCACAACAGCAGCAACAACAGCAACAACAACAGCAACAACAACAGCAACAACAACAGCAACAGCCACAACACUCUGUCCGAGGUGCCAUCUCCACAUCCCCUCCCCCAGUGCAGCAGCAGCAGCAGCCGCAGCAACCGCCCAUGCUCGGGUCUGUGCCCGGUUCAGCUGCUGGCAGCCAGCAUUCGCUCAUUCUCCCACGCAUUGUUGGAGGCGCAGCGAGUACGACUGCCGUGGCCUCGCGCCGGCCGCCAGCCUCUGCAGACCAGCACACGGGCCCGCUGGAAGGCAGCGAGGAUCUUCCCUUGAUGGCUCUACUUGGAAUUGCGCCACACGACCUGCUCACCUCGCACGAUGACGCGGCAAGCUUCAGCCCGCAUGACAUCGGUGUGUCGCCCCACCCGAGCGUGUCCAGCUUGUCCAUGCACGCACAGGGUGCCGCUGCAGGUGCUGGCAGUGGCAUGAGUAAGUUUUCUGCCGCACGGCCUGUGGUCGAGGUCGCCGUGCUGCUUGCGUCCAUGGCGUGCUUGCCGGUUGCGUAUGACGGCAUGAGCAUCCCUCGCAUGGAAGUGCAGGUAGCACAGGCAUGUGCGCAGCAGCGACAGCAACUACAACAACAAUCCCAGGGCGCAACAACCACAGCAACACCAAGCACCAACGAGGACGUGAACGCUGACAUGGAGGAGGCCAAGGCCCGCAAUGGUCGGAGCUCGCGAACUGUCGCCGAGCGUGGCCGCUCACGCAGCAGCAGUAACGCUUCCAUCACCUCCACACAUUCGCACGCAGGAUCAAGAGAGGAUGACGAAUUUCGGACAGCGCCCGCCCCAGUCCCGCCUGUUCGGCACAAGCGCAAAAGCAAAGCAAACCGGGGUCGGAAAACGUCGUCGCCGCCAGAUGUGGGCAAGAGUCUGCACGCACCAAAGCUCACCCGUCCACGCUCGGGCAGCUUGGGCAUGUUCCGCGCCCAACAACAACAGCAACAGCAGCAGCAACAACAACAGCAGCAGCAGCAGCAGCAGCAGCAGGGAGGUGGACAAGGCGAUGAUUGUGGUCGCGACAGGACGCCGAGCUCAACGUCCCCUGCCCGUUUGCUCCGGCGUGACUCUGCACUGCCGUAUGCGCCCACGUCACAUUUGCAAUCGCCAGGUGGUGGAAGUAACCUGCUUGCGCAGGACUCUCGCUCGCACGGCGAUCUGCGGUCCAUCACGGACUCCACGCCGUCGUCGCCCUCACACCAGCAGGGCGCCGCGUCUUCGUUCCGCCAGGGCCAGCGACGCGUUGCAACGCCAUCCAGUCUCAGCCCUCUUUCCAAGCAGCCGACCACGGCAGCAGCCGCGGCUGAACAGCAAAUGCCACGACGCCGCGGCAGCAGCCAGGCCGUUGCAGCGAGCGCGUCACCACCUGCCACCCGCUCACCAGUGGCACUGCUGCUGACGCCAGAGCGAAUGUCCUCACAGCAGCAGCAGCAGCAGCCGCAGCAGCAGCAGCAAGACCGGCCACGUUCGCACAGCAACCACGAGCGCCGUGCCUCCCCGCCAGCGCUGCAGCUAACUCCCGGCCGUCGAGCGGCGGGCGCUGGGCAGCAAGACCCCGACGAGGGACACAACGACGCACUGCUGCUGGAAGAGGAGGCAAUCACAAGCAUGCAGACACUGCAAGCGUCUGUGCAGCGAGGAUUGAGGCAGGUGGUGCUGUGCGAAACCCACGUGCAAGCGCAACGCAUCAGCCUGCAAGGUUUGUACAUCCUGGGUCUCAGUGCCCUGCUGAACAGGAGCAGCAGCAGCAGCAGCAGCAAUAAUGACAACGGUCAUAACAACAGCGGCAUUGAUCCACUGGAUCACGCUGUCAGCACGACUCACCGAUGCGUGCAAGUGCUGAUCGCGUGCCUGUCGCACCCAUCGCUGGAGCUAUCGAUGACGGCCGUGUCUCUGCUGCACGCACUACAUGAGCACGCAGGUGCGCUGGUCACUGCGAGCCCAGCUGUGGUAUCGGAGGUCUUGCUCGGCUUGAGCGUUGCACUUGUGCGCGAAACGCAGACAGACGACACAGACGAUGGUGGCGACGGCGGUGGUGAUGACGGUGACAGUUGUGGCGACAUGCCUCCCCCGACCGAGCUGGUGAUCCCACUUGUGCUGGCACUGCGCGACUGGCUGUUGCGCUUACCGCAGUCGUUUUCAGAGCAGCACGAUGGCGUGGUUGGCGGGUGCAUCCGCGCCCUGCUGCAGGCCGCCGGUGUGGAACAUGCCGAGGAAAGCGAGUUGCUUGCUGCUGCAGUUACCACUUCUGCCGCUACCACUGCUGCUGCUGCUGCUGCUGGCACAACCACGGCCACGUCUGCGUGUGCUUCUCCCAAGUCGGGAUCAAAGGAGGACGGCACUAUUGACGCCGGUGGCCGCGCCGUCCAUGCUGACGUGCUGGCAACUCGGCCAGGGGAGCACGCGUCACAGCUGUUGCAUGACCCUGCAUCUGCUCCCAGCACGGCUGACCUCGAGCCAGGGUCUGACGCAAGCGCUGCCUCGCCCACGUCUGCACAACAGCAGGCACUCGCAUCGCCCGCCGCCCGCCGCCCACGCAGUGCACGUGCCAGCUGGCAGGCAGAUGCGACUCUGGGAUCCAAGCACCGAGACAUGUCUGCCUCCCCAGCACUUCAACAACAGCAACAACGCCACCACCACCAGCAGCACCAGCAGCAAGGAGGGGCCGCGCCUAAUGCUGCGAAUACGACCAGUCUCGCCACCACCACCACCACCGCCACCAACGUCAACACCAGCGGCAGCACCAUAGCUGGCGACGCCGAAGACCUGCUGGCGUGGAACACAGACGACAUGAUCGCCCUGUUCACGCAUGCAGCCGCGCCCCAGCCUGUUUCCGCGCUGCCGUUGCGCAACACCAGUCUUGUUGAGGCGCUUGAUCGCGGUACACGUAGCGGGUCGAUGCUGCGCCGCCGUCGCCUGCGCAAGGACCGCAGCCCGUCCACGUCCGGCAACAAGCACGGGCCGGCGCAGCAGGAGGCAUCACCAGACACCCGCAAGCCCGGCGUUGGCGCUCAGCCAGGCACUGGCGUCGGAACAGCAGGCUUUGGCGGCGGUGGAGGGCGUGCAAGGCUAUUGUCUGCACGAAGUGACAACAAUGGCACAGCGUGCACAGCGAUACCCUCGCCAACGACGCCUGGUGGCCCUGUGUUCGUGGCUGCGAAAGACGUGCGCGAUGCUGCGGAGUGUGCGCUGUCGUAUGUGCUGCACUACACGGGCUGCUUCCCCGGCCCCGCUGGCGCGGCGCUGCUCGACUCGACCGUGACAGAGACAGCGACGGGCGAGCCGCUGUCCCCGGCAGCCCUCGGGCACCCGGGCCUGCAGUUCUUCUCCUGCAACGAUGUCCUGGUGUCGUUCCAGGAAACGCAUGGCAGCUGCCACGUGGUUGUGCGCAACAUUGCGGGCAAGUUUGUGUGGGACCUGGGACCUGCCGUUGGCGCGGGCGGUCGGCAGCGCAAGCUCAUGCCGCGGCGGCCAACUCUCGACCUGCACAAGCACGGUGUGGAGAAGGGCAAGCGCGGCAGCGGCCUGCUUGGCGUGCAUGGCGACGACCUUCGGCGCAGCGCCAGCUUGAGCAUGGCCGCAUCUGCAGUGCGAAAGCGCCGUGAGCGUGCGAGACAGCAACAGCAGCAGCAGCAGCAGCAGCAGCAGCAGCAGCGUGAGACACGUGCACAAGCAGACACGGACGAUGGCGAAGGGGUGAAUGUGCCCUCGUUGCCAGCGACACGCGCAUCAGGCACAGGAUCUCAGGACAGUGGCGCCACCAGCACUGGCGGUGAUGGUGACGGGAGCGUUCGUCCGCGGUCGCGUGUGAGUGCAGCGGCGCGAGCAGCGGCAGCAAAGGUGCGCGGGCGCAUCAGCAGCAGGGCAGAGCGAGAGGAGGGCACGACGUCGCCUGGGGAACCGCAACAGUUCACUUCACGGCCCCAGUCUCGCAACCACGCGUCAUCAGCAACGGCCGUCGAUGAAGGCACACCUCGACAGGAUGGGCAGGCACAUGAAUCACGGACGCCUGGGACUGACCCGGACGAGGAUGGUCAUGGCAACAACAAUGACGGCCGUGCAGACGUGGCAGAAACUGCAAGUGGGGCUGGCAGGCGGCCACUGCGCCGGUAUGGCAGCGUGUAUUCUGGUGAGAGCGUGAGCGGGAACGCACACCAUGCCAAUGACGGUGACAGCGGUGAUGGAGACGAUGGGCAGGAUGAGGAUGAGGAUGAGAAUGAGAAUGGGGAUGAGAAUGAGGAUGAGGAUCCAACAAUGGUGUGGCAGUCGCUCCUGUCUGGAGAACAAAAGGUUCCGUGCCGGGUGCUCGCUGCACACGAGGACAGCACGACGUCCGUGGCGCUGCCAUCGUUUGGUGAUCCCGGCGACAUUCACACGGUGGUGCCAGCGGAGGCGCGGGUGAGCUUUCUCCUGCACUACUUGGACGCAACCGCUGGUGAUAAAGGCUUGCACCCGACGGUGUUUGAUGGCCAGGGUGGACAGCUGGUGCAGGCACCGGCGUCGGUGCUGAGGGCUGCCGAUGCAGCCCGUGCGUGCCAUGAGACGCUGCAAGAGCGGACGGCGACCACGGCCGCGCGGGCGGCCAUCUCGCCCGCGUUUGUGGGCGACGAGAGCGCAUUUGCACCCCUGUUUGACACGAGCACAGGGUCAACCACACCACCCGGAGCAGCGACGGCAGGUACGACAGGCAGCUCAAGGCAAAUGCGUGCGCUGGCGGCUGGCGGGGCUGCAAGCGGCGUCGACCUUGACACCACGGGCGCGCGGCUGCGGCGGGACGCGUUUGCCAUGUGCCGCUCGCUGCUGAUGGAGGUUGGCCUGCUGUCGUGGGGAUCGGACGCGUCGCUGUUUGCGCUGAACAAAGGCAACAAGCUGCUGCGUGAGCUCAAGCACCUGGAUACGGCUGGCGGGGUGCGGGAGCAGCACAAGGUCGCUGUCAUCUAUGCGGGCCCGCAGCACCGCACCAAGGAGGAGAUCAUCACGGGCGUGCGCACGAGCGUGGAGUUUGAGGAGUUUCUGGCGCAGCUCGGGUGGCAGGUGAACAUUGACGAGCAUCGCGGGUACGCGGGCAAAGUGUCGUCGGCGGAGUUUCCCGGGUGCCUGCUGCCCUAUUACGCCACCCCCACGCUGGAGGUGCUGUUUCACGUGACCACGCGCAUGUGUCCCUUGGGGCCUGGGCAGGCUGCGCGCAGUGGCAGGGCGGUGGUGACCGAGGACGGGGCGCUGCUGUCGGCGGAGGUGCGCAAGCAUGUGUACAAGUCGCGCUGGGUGCACGUUGGCAACGAUUCUGUGCACAUUGUGUGGUGCGAGCAGGCGCGGGAGUUUCAGCCGGAAAUCUUCCAGACGCGGUUUGGGGAGGUCACGAUUGCCGUGUACCCGAUGACCAAUGGCCUUUUCCGCAUCCACGUGUUCAACAAGUCCUCGGUGGCUGUUGGGCCCCUGUUCCAUGGGGCGGUGGUGGACAUGGCGUGCCUGCCGAGCCUUGUGCGGGAGACGGCGGUCAAUGCGGGGCGUGCGCUGCGGCAGAGCGCCACGAGCAAGCAGUUUAUCAGCACGCGGCUGGAGAGCAUCCGCAAGAUUACGCGCUCCCUCCGCGUUGACCAGUCGUUUGAGGACCUCAACGCGUCCAUCAUCUUCCCCACAAAGCCGCAAACGCCAACUUGACACGUGCUUGAGAGAAGGCGAGAAAGUAGUAGUCGUAGGAGGAGGAGGAGGAGGAUGUGUGUGUAUGUGCUGCUCGAAGGAGUGGGUGGGCGUUGCCGUGGCACUCUGCUUUUGUCGUGUAUCUUUAAUAAAUUUCGUCACAAG